AUGGCUUAUUCUAUCAAAUCUGGCCAGAAACUGAAUCAUGACUUUGCCAGUGAUACCUUCGACUUUUCAAGCCUUAGUUCAGUUAUAUCAGAACAUGUGCCAGUGGAGGGUGAAAGCGACGACGAAGACUACAGACAUCCAGUACCACCGUCAAUCGAUUUGGCUGAGCAUACAUCUUCAUUUACCCUGGAGAGCAGUUCACCUCCGAACAUGUUCCCACCGAAAGGAAUCAGCGAAAAGGAAUACCAAGACGUCGUUGGUGACGAGAGUGGGCUAUACGACGAUGACGCGGCUUCGCUUGAUCUUUCUCAUUUGUUAGGCGAAGCCCGUCGUCGAAAAGUUAGAGCUUCCUUUGAGCACAACAAAAAUGCAAGAAAUGCAGAUAACUCUUCA